AAAAAAAAACAUGGAACAAAUAUUUCCUCUAUCCCUUUUCUCCUUACUCCUCCUAAUUCACUGCCCUCUAAGUUUGUCACAGUCUCCGGCAGCGCCGGCGCCGGCGCCAUCGGGUCCGACAAACCUGACGGCCGCCCUCGAGAAGGCCGGCCAGUUCGGGAUAUUUAUCCGGCUACUACAGAGCACGAAAGUCGGGGACCAAAUCGAGACACAGCUAAACGACUCGAAUCAAGGCCUAACAGUGUUCGCCCCGACCGACGGCUCGUUUUCCGGCCUCAAAUCGGGAAUGCUAAACUCGUUCACCGACGAGCAAAAAGUCGAGCUGAUCCAAUUCCACGUGCUGCCGGAAUUCUUCUCGCCGGCGCAGUUUCAGACAGCCAGCAACCCUGUCAGGACGCAAGCCGGGGGCGGCGAGGGGCAGUUCUCGAUGAACGUGACGGCGACGGGGAGUCAGGUGAAUAUUACGACGGGCGAGACCAAUGCAACAGUGGCUAAUACGGUAUAUACCGAUGGCCAGCUGGCGGUGUAUCAGGUCGACCGGGUUCUGCUUCCUUUGAGCUUCUUUGUGCCGCCGCCUCCUCCGCCGCCGCCGCUUAAGGCGGCGCGGUCGCCGGAGUCCGGCGAUGCGCCGCCGUCUGAUGCUGCUUCGGCUGACUCUUCCGGGGCCGAUUGCCUGUUGUACGGACAGGUGAUUAGAGGAGUGACUUUUGUUGUUGUUGUAAUGUUGUUAGGUGUGUGAGAAUUGUGAAGUGUGACAAUGCUGCUGAUUAUUGGCAUGAAUUUAGAUUCGUUGAAAUGUGGGUUUUUUUGGAUUUGUGAUUUUCACAUGUCCUGAAAGGAUUGUUUUUUAUUUUGAAUUUUUAUUUAUAUAAUAUUUUAAAUGUAAUUGCAUACAGA